AUUGACUCCUGAUAUUUUUACAGUAUGUAACUAUGACUAAGAAUAUUUCUAGUUAAAAAAUAACUCAGAACCUUAGAUUAUUUCUAGUUAAAAAAUAACUCAGAACCUCAUAAGGCCAAAAGUUAGUGCAACAAAAUGUUAGAAAUGACCUGAUUUAAAUCAGUUUGACUUUCAUCACAGCAACAAAACACCACCCUUAAAAAAAAAAGCAAAAUGUUAAAAUAAUUAUAAAUUAAAAAAUGAAUGAAAUUAUUAAAUACAUUUUUAGAAGGACUUAAGAGCAAUGUGGUAAUACACUAAGAGCAUGUUUUUCUUACUAAUACUGUCUAAAGUAAUUACUCAAAAAAAAAAAAAAAAAAAAGAACAAAAAACAAAAAAACAAACAAAAAAAAAGAAACAACUGAAUAAAAUGCUUGCUGUGCAAUGAAGUAAAUGUAUCCUCUGUAAACUUUACAAAUGUGUAAAUACAUAAAGAUAUGAUUGUUAAUUUAAAGGACGUAGUGUCACGUGGUGGUUGUGUGUUUUGUUCAUCUCUGUCCACACAAACCUUUGGCCUCAUAACUGUUAGGAAGCCUGACACAUGUGAUCAAGAGGGAGAUUCAGCCUGUAAUCACAGCCCAGUUUUAGGGCUCUGACUAUGAUCAGAUAGUGCUUUUCAGAAGUAAAUAAUUUGUAUUCACGUGGGGUUCUUAAAAGAACAACACAAUGAAGAAAAAGUAUUCAGAUUCAGUAGAAACGAGUAGAGUGAAUGCAGUUUUUCCGUCACACAAUGGAGACCUGUGGACUGUAAAUCUGACAGGAGACACCAGGAUGGACAAUGAGGCUGUACAACGCCCAGCUGGAUUUAGAAAAUACUACCAGAGCUUCCAGACCCUCAAACCCAUCCGCUUUUCUUCACCUGAGUCAAAUCCACAAGACAAUGCAGGUUUUCUAUCCUUUUCUACAUUUGCCUGGAUGACAACUAUUUUGUGGUCUGUUUUCCGAAAAAAAUUUGACUUAAAUUCACUUUGUAUAUCGCCAUAUGAUGCAUCUGAUUUCAGCACAGACAGACUUAACAGAUUAUGGGAAGAGGAAAUGGCCAGAGUGGGAGAAGACAAAGCAUCUUUAAGUCGAGUGCUGAGGAGGUUUCUGAGAACCAGGCUCAUUGUGUCCUUUAUUGUUGGAGCUUUUGCAAUGCUGGCAGCAUUUCUAGGGCCAGCUAUAAUGGUUUAUCAGAUUCUUCAAUACAUUAGUCAUCCAGAGACUCACACAUUAGCCAGAGGAGUAGGUCUGGCCUUGGGGUUGUUCACAUCUGAAUUCAGCAAAGGUUUCUUCAUUUCUCUGUUCUGGGCCAUCAACCUGCGCUCAGCUGUCAGAUUGAAAGGAGCCUUCUCAGCUCUAGCUUUCCAGAAGAUCCUCUCCCUUCGAGUCAACAGUGGCCUUCCUAUGGGCGAGUUGAUUAAUGUCUUAAACAGUGAUGGGCACCGUGUCUUUGAAGCAGCCACAUUAGGGAACUUUUUACUGGUCUCACCAGUGCUUUUAAUUACAUGUAUUGUCUAUGCCUGUUACGUGUUGGGUCCUACCGCCCUGGCAGGUGUCAUCACCUACAUACUUCUAAUCCCUUUACAGAUCUAUAUCAGCAAAAUGAUUGAAAAAUUCAAAUUUCUUGCCAUUAAGUCAACUGAUAAACGAAUUCGCAAAAUGAAUGAGAUUCUAAAUGGCAUCAAAUUUAUCAAGAUGUAUGCCUGGGAAGAAAGCUUUGAGAAGGAAGUUGCAGGUAUCAGGAAGGAAGAAAGGAGAAAUAUUAGAAAUGCCAGUUAUUUUGAGAAUACCAAUAUCAGCAUCUCUACUCUUUCUCCUCUCGUUACCACAGUGAUCACUUUUUUGGUGCACACUGCCUUUGGCUUAUCACUGACUCCUGCUAAUGCAUUUUCCACCAUUUCCAUAUUUAAUGCAAUGAGGUUCAGUCUCACUGUAUUACCUAUAGCUAUCAGAGCUAUUGCUAUUGCUGAUGUUUCUGUUGGACGCCUCCAGAAAGUACUGCGUGUCAAGAAUCCAGAACCAUACCUGACUGGAGGAAAGGACCCAGACUUGGCUGUAGUCAUGGAGAAUGCUACACUCUCUUGGGUCGGACCAGAUGAAGAGACAGAACCUAAGACUCAGACUGAAGACAAGGAGCAACCUUCAGAACCCCAGUUGGAGGUCAAGCCCACUUUGAAGAACAUCUCCUUCACAUUACCAAAGGGUAAACUGCUUGGAAUUUGUGGGAACGUUGGGAGUGGGAAAACAUCCCUCAUUGCAGCCAUUUUAGAGCAGAUGUACCUUCAGCAGGGCUCAGUUGUGGUCAAUGGCACCUUUGCCUAUGUAGCUCAGCAAGCCUGGAUAUUCCAUGGGACUGUCCAAGAAAAUAUUCUGAUGGAUGAACCCUUUGAUCAGAACAAAUACGAAAAAGUCCUGAACAUCUGUAGUCUCCGUGCUGACUUAGACAUUCUUCCAUAUGGAGAUCAAACUGAGAUAGGAGAGAGAGGUCUGAACUUGUCAGGAGGGCAGAAGCAGAGGAUCAGUUUGGCCAGAGCGGUCUACUCCAACAGAGACAUUGUUCUUCUGGAUGAUCCUCUGUCAGCUGUUGAUGCCCAUGUGGGGAAACACAUCUUUGAAGAAUGCAUCAUGAAGGCACUCCAUGGAAAGUCUGUCAUACUGAUUACACAUCAACUACAGUAUAUGGAGUUUUGUGAUAGCAUUUUGUUGCUGGAAGAUGGAGAGAUUGUUGAAAGUGGGCAUCACCAGGAGCUGAUGGAAUUUAAUAAGCGCUACGCUCAGCUUAUUAGCAACUACCAAAAACAGCAGUCCAAAGCACAGAAAGAUGAAAAUGAAAUAUCCAUUCCAGACAGAAUCCAGGAAGAAUCCAAUCGAAUGGCCCAAGCAGAAAGUGGAAUAGAUAACCCAGCAUUUGAUACGUCAGAUGAAAACAUUGGGUCAGUUUCCCUGAAAUCUCCUGUAGACAAAGACCAGCUUGUUAAACAUGAAACUGAGGUCACCAUGAAAUGGGGAAUCUACUACGGUUACAUUAAGGCAGUAGGAGGAUUAUGUGUUGUAUUUCUGAUGCUGGUGAUCUUUGUCUUGCAAGUCGGAUCCACAGCCUUUGGCAACUGGUGGCUCAGUUACUGGCUUGGACAGGGUAAUGGGUCCAGUGAGACCACUUCAAACUCUGGCAACAUCACUGAAAACCCUCAGCUUCACUUUUAUCAAAUGAUUUAUGGUUUAAUUGUUGUUGUCAUACUAGGACUAGUCCUUUUAAAGUGCUUUGUCUACACAGGCAUAACAAUUAAUGCUGCCUGCAAGUAUCAUGACAAAAUGUUCAGAAAUGUCCUGUCUUGUCCCAUGAGUUUCUUUGACACAACACCAACUGGCCGUAUUCUGAACCGCUUUACCAAAGACCAAGAAGAAGUGGACUCGAUGCUUCCACAGCACAUUGACCUUUUGGUUCAAUAUUGUCUUUUAGUCACCUUUACUUUCAUUGUUAUUGCCUCCAUCUUUCCAUUGAUGCUCUUGGGUGUGCUGGUUUUUGGAGUCUUGUUUGCAGUCAUCCACUUUAUAUUCCGAGGAGGUAUUCGACAGAUGAAGGAAAUCGAGAAUAUAAGUCGCUCACCCUGUAUUUCACUGACCACUUCAGCACUGCAAGGCCUGAGCACAAUCCAUGCUUAUAACAUUAAAGACAGCCAGUUAGCAAUGUUUAAGGUGCUUACAGAUGUGAACUCAAACCACAUUUAUCUGUUUAAUUCUGCAUCAAGAUGGCUGUCAUUCUGUCUGGAUUCUUUGUCCGCCACCAUUUGCUUAUUAGUAUCAUUGUUUGUUAUUUUCAGUAGUAACGACCUUAUACCACCAUCUCUGAAAGGACUGGCCAUGUCAUACACAGUACAGCUGACAGUAAUGAUUCAGUUUGUUGUGAGAAUGUCAACGGAGGUGGAGGCGAAGUUCACCUCAGUGGAGCGUCUUCAAGAAUACAUUAAAGAUAGUACAUCUGAGUCUCCCAGACAAGUGCAAAAUGCUCCAAUUCCCCAAAAGUGGCCAGUGAAUGGGGCAAUCACUUUCCAGAACUAUAAGAUGAGAUACAGAGAAAACACGCCUAUUGUCUUAAAUGGGUUGGACGUGUCCAUCAAAGGUGGAGAGAAGCUUGGCAUUGUCGGAAGAACAGGGUCAGGAAAGUCAUCUUUGGUUGUAGCUUUGUUCCGUCUGGUGGAGCCCACAGAAGGAUCUAUCCUGAUAGAUGGAGUGGACAUAGCCACCAUUGGUCUGCAUGAUCUGCGCAGCAAACUCUCUGUCAUCCCUCAAGACCCAGUUCUCUUUAUUGGCACUGUCAGAUAUAACGUGGACCCUUUUGACAAUUACAGUGAUGAUGAAAUUUGGACAGCACUGGAGAAAACCUGCAUGAAAGAAUCUAUCUCACAGCUUGAGGAGAAGUUACUCGCUCCAGUAUUGGAAAAUGGAGAGAACUUCUCAGUAGGAGAAAGACAACUGCUGUGUAUGGCUCGAGCUCUAUUGCGCAAUUCAAAGAUUAUUGUGCUGGAUGAGGCGACAGCAUCCAUCGACGCAGAGACAGACGCUCUCAUCCAGAAUACAAUCAAAGAAGCCUUCCAGGACUGCACUGUGUUGACCAUUGCACACCGCAUCAACACCGUUCUGACCUCUGACCGUAUUCUAGUCAUAGACCAUGGACAGGUGGCAGAACUGGACACACCAGACGUGCUACAGCAGAGGCCAGAUUCCAUCUUCUCUUCUCUGAUGGAGGCUGCUAACACUUGAAGCAACUGAGGACAUUUACACUCAUUUACACUCACACACAUUAUCAAUUGUGAUGUUUCUGGGGAUGUUCAGACUAUUUAACUAUUUUACUACAAUUAACAAACCAUUUAUAGACUUUUGGUGACUUAAAAUGACUUCAGCGUUUGACAGUCAUUUCUUUACCUACAUGAACUUUGUGUCAAGUUUUUUACUGAAGGGUUAUCAUUUGUUUUUGCACUAAAGCUCCUAGUUUGACACUGACAAUAAACUGAAAAGGUUUUACACAGUUUUGAAAGACAAAUAGGAAAAAUUAAGAAUAAAAAUAAUGCAUUCCAUGUAGCCUACAUACAGACCAUGUGAAACAGCAUUCAGAGUUGUUCAUGUCACACAGGGGCAAUUUUCUUUAUUUUACAUUACCAUUACAUGACACUGCUCUUAUUUUUAAACAGUGAUCAUGAUAAAUAUUAUAGACUUGCUCUGAUAACUUUUUCAGUUCAUUUUAGCUUUACUUUAGUACUGGUUCCAUAAUCAGAUUGUGAAAAAUGUAAUGUAACAAUUGAAAUUGCUGUAAUUUUUUGUACUUUUAAUUUCAUUUGGGUGAAGCUCAGUAAAUUUGAUUGCCCUGCUAUACAAUCAUCACAAGCACAGUGAAACCAGAGGAAAUAGACCGUGUAAUGCUAGGACUGAAU